GACCAGGAAGUUGAAACUCAGUAGAGACUGGAAGGGACGGUUCUAUUUUGGGGGCAAAUAAAACAAACUUCUUCGCCCACAUGGCUUUGUCAAAAUUUCAGAAUUUUAUCGCCAACACCAUAUAACACCGUGACUCCAGGAUGUCUGCGUUAACGAGGGCCAGUUCAGCGCCAUGUUCACCGAGGCCGGAGCCAGCACUGGACACCAGAGGUGACGUGGUGGAGGUGAAUUUUCAAGUCCCAGCAGAGAGCAGAAGGGCACAGCCUCCUCCUGUCAACAACCAGAUCAUCCCAGAUGAACUGCUGGUCAGCCUUACCUCCACUGUCUGCAACACGAGCACACUGGGUCACACUGCACACCAUCGGCACUGCAAGGGCUAUGGAAUCAGACGGCCAGAUGCUGUUUGGCAUCACCCACUCGGACGCAAGAAAUAUAAACACUUUCUGGAGCAACCGACAUCCCUGACUGGAGCUGGCAGGGAUAUUUCAUUCCUGUGUGAUGCUAACCCAGUGCUAAGGAAGACAAGACAACUCCCACCACUGACUGACAGGAGUGACACUGAAGACACAGAGAACUUGAGUAUCACAGAAAGUCUGAUCCCGGAAGAAUAUCACAUUGUGAAAAACAAAGGGCUAGAGAGCCUUAAGUUGUAUGAGGAUGCAUUUACGGUGCAGCUGCAGGAUGAUGAGAAGAAGCUGCGAGUCUUCCCUUCACUGAGGCCCAGUGGCAGACAGGAAGCGGUCCAGCUGAUGAGGAUCAUGGAUGACAUGCUGAUGAAGGCUGGAGUGGAUCAGAAGAGUGAGGACCUGACUGAGCUGUCCCAGAUGGAGGGUCUGCUGGAAUUGGUGCGGGUGGAGCAGAACAUUUACAACCUUGUUUUCCAUGAACUGAUCAGGCAGGUCAGUGUAAACUGUGCUGAGAGAGGACAGCUGCUUGCCAAACUCAGACAGCGCUACCAGUCCCUGCUUGAGAGAAUCCCCCGCCAUCUGAAAGCUCUGCACACUGAGACAGUGAUGCAGCGGGCUCUAGACCGACGGCUCACAGAGGAGAUCCACUGUUUCAGGACAUCCAUCCAGCAGCUCAGCAUGGAACUGUCCAAGAUCCGAGACCACGAUGCCUUUGUUUCCCAGCAGGCAGAGCGUGCUCACCAGCAGCUGGCUGGAGCACUUGAACAGACUCACACCACCUCAGAUGUGGCCCAGGGUUAUCACGAGCUGUAUGAGCUGCAGAGGAGUCGCCUUGAGGCUCAGCUGCUCCAGAUGACUGAGGAGAGAGAUUACUGGAGCCAGGUCACUUUCUGCCUCGCCUUUAAGGUGAUCAGUUUGAGGAAUCUUAAGCUUGUCAGUCAGCUGCAUAUCAGCGAGCAGAACUGGUCAAAGACAGCAGAGCACUGCUGCCUUUACCUCUCUUCAAAGGACACAGGGGAUCUGAAUAUCAUUAUGGAGGUUACUGACAACUGGAAAGAGAAGCUGAGUGCUUUCACAUCCCAGCUGAAGAAGACUGAGCAUGCUCAGUGUGAACAGCUCAGUGCCAUCCGCCAAGGCAUCACCAUGUGGCUCAACUUCUGCACGACACAAAAUAAGUGUCCUGAUCCAAAAUAUGAGAAGGCUUCAUUGGAGAAGAUUGAUGCUGAUUUGAAGCAGUGGUCAGAUACUUUGGCCCUCCAGUGUGACCACUACCAAGGUGAGAAGCUGCUUUGCUGCCAGCAGACACUGGACGAACUGGGCCGUUUCCAGGGAAAAUGGGUGAAUAUGAGCCUUCAGCUGUUCAGACGACACCCUUCUCGGGAUGGUGAACCUCCUGGAGGGCAGCAGGCCUUAGGAGAGCUGGACAGGGUCCUGUCUGAGCUCCUUGAACAGCUGGACACACAAAUCAACGGAGAGAGUGGGAUCCAUGGACAGAUCAUGUCACUGCUCGGGUUGAUGGAGUCCUGGGUUUCCAAGCUUGGCUCUGCAAUUGGUCAGCCAGAAAUGAUGUCCGUCUCUGACUGGCUGAAAUUGGAGAAAGCGCUUCACAAUUGGCAGAGCUUGGCUGAAAAUGCCUUGCAGAAUGUCUCCAUCAUGCAGACAGAGAAUGAAAACAAAAACAAGCCUGACAUACAUACAGAGACAGAAAAGGUGUUAGACAAAGUUCAGGAGUUCAUAACAAGCCUGUCCAACUUUACUGAUGAUGAGAACCAGAGACUCAGUGAGGAGGUCACUUCUAUUCACAUGGCUCAGACUCGCUGGAUGUUGGAUCUGUUGAUCUUUAUGGUACCUAAUCAUAGCGAGGACCAGAACCAAGAGCAGGAACACCCCUACAUUACAAACAUCUCACAACAGACACUGGAUGAGGAUUCAAAGAUGCUGGCUAACAAACUGGACUGUUUUACCAGAUACAUCACCAGCUCUUGCAAUCUGAUUCUGGAGGAGCCGAACCUGAAUGAAGCUGAGGGAGAAAAUGUGAUGAAUGAGUGCGGAAAGCUGCAGACAGAGUGCAAUGAUUGGGUAGAGACCUGUAUAAUCCUGCUGUCAGACAUGAAAUGUGCCUUCAGCAGUGGUGUCCCAGUCUCUCCAGCAGACAGUCUGGUGAAUGUAAAUAUUUCAGCAAAGCCUACAGAACACGGUGAGGUCAAAGAUGAAACUGAGGGAGAACAGAGAGAGUGUGCAGCUGAAGGACAAGAAACACAACAAGAGCAGGAGGAGCUAACGGUCUGUCAAAGCCCUGUGGUGAAGCUGAUUGGCUAUGAUGGAAACAUUAUGCAAAAAAAGCUGGGAGAGAGCAGUGUUCACCUGAGUGGGACUGAAGAUCUGGUUGUGUCUCCAGAAACAGAUGAAGCCCAGAAAGCUUUUAGUGAUCUGACCACAGUAGGAUUACUGCAGCACGAACUGAAUGAUUCAGAGCUGCGGGUUCAGAGUGCUGAGCAGCGAGCCCUGAAGGCUGAAGAAGCUCUGCAGGCAGCAUUAGAUAAGAUUCAAGACCUGGAGAGGCAACUGCAGGGUCGGCCCAGUCUGGAGCCCAAAAGUAGUGAAGAGAAAAAGAAAACACCAGCAUCUACCCCACUUCCAGUAGCACCUCCUGCUCCUCCAAAGAAAACCACAGCUGAAGCCAAACCAACAAGCAGCACCAAAAGGACCAAGAAACGGUGAUCUCACCUGACAGCUCAGUGAAUAUUGAACAUCA